AUGGCACACCAGCGGAGAUUGGCAGACCAAAAGGCGUGGAGCGAAAAGUUCUCGACCACGGCAGGAUUCGAACCUGCAAUCUUCUGCUCCGUAGGCAGACGCGUUAUCCAUUGCGCCACGCGGCCUACUGUGGAUGGAUAUCGUGGCACUCCAACGGUGAUUAGAGGAGAUUGCAGACGAAAAGGCGAGGAGCGAAAAGUUCUCGACCACGGCAGGAUUCGAACCUGCAAUCUUCUGCUCCGUAGGCAGACGCGUUAUCCAUUGCGCCACGCGGCCUACUGUGGAUGGACAUCAUGGCACACCAGCGGAGAUUGGCAGACGAAAAGGCGAGGAGCGAAAAGUUCUCGACCACGGCAGGAUUCGAACCUGCAAUCUUCUGCUCCGUAG